AUGGGCCUGUCAUCUUUAGAGAGACAGACGGGUGGCUCUCUAGAGGAUGAUUGGCUUGAUUAUGACAACUUCAACUGGCACCAGACAGGCACAACGGCCCAAGCAGAGCUUGAACUCGAGAAUACCUCUCGGAAUAUUGAUCAAGACCUGAAAAUGAGUAAUGAUUUUAUGGCUGGGAUGGAUGCACACCUCGACGAAGGACAAUGGUGGAACGAGACAACCCCGAUCCAAACACCACUAUCCAACGCCGAUGUCAGUGAUGACAGGGCGACGCCCAGUUUCUUACAAGAACUUACCUCCCAGGCUAUGGCUGUGAGCACUAAGACCAUCUCAGCUACAAUUGCUCUGCAUCAUCCCCGCAGUGCUCCACCAACUGUAUCAUCCCAGCUUUUGAUGGCACAAGAACUCUGGUACGUAUCAUCAACACCAUAUCCAUGA